AUGGAAAAACUUAAUAUAAAAGAUUUUAAGAAUGUAAUAUUUACGCCUAAUAAAAACGAAACAAAAUUCUUAAAACCUUUGGCCGCAGGACAAUAUGCCAUUUUUAAAGGCGUCAAAGAUCAAAUAAUGUCUUGCGAUGGUACAAAAAUUAAUAUUGAGGAUAAAUCUUGUGGAAAAAGAUGUGGAGGACAAGGAGAUUUACUAUGUGGUAUAAUUGCUUCAUUAAUAAUUAAAAGUAAACAUACUUUAACAAAAGAGGUAUUUAUGAACUCUAUGAGUUUAGCUUGUAAAAUUUUAAGAAGGGCAGGAUAUCUAGCAUAUAUAGAAAAAGGUGUAUCAACAAUUUCAAGAGAUAUAAUUGAUCAAAUACCGAAUGCAUUUAAUGAAAUAAUUUUCGUAAAAAAAUUACAAAAUUAA